AUGUCGAAUCAGCAGGGCGCAUCUGGCAGUGCCGCAGCUGGCGCUGCUACCGAUGAGCAGCCGUCACCGCAGCAGCUCCUCUUCGCCAAGUCGAUCAUGCUCACCUUUGAGCUCUGGCCCGCCAUGCGUCUAGCCGUGUCCGAGGAGUGGGGUGGCUCCGACAGCGCCGACAAGCGAGACUUCCUGCUCUCCCACCUUUGCGAUCAGUACGGCAAUCCAGGGUCUGCCUUUGAGCCCGAUCUCGACGACCUCGCCGACAUCCUCGAGGGCUACAUGAUCGACGAAUACGAGGCGCGCCUCGAGGACGGCUCGCCCGACUGGGUCGCUGGCCGAAUCGUUGGACUGCACCGUGUCAUCUUCUCGCCUGACAACGAUAUCGCUCGCGCACAGCAGGCCGUGGCUGAACUCGAAAAGGCCUUUCAAGAACUCAAGGGCAAAAAGUCCAACUUCGAGCACGGCGCCGACCAGGACGCCGAGGUCGACUCGCACGAUGGUCACGACCAUGACGAGGACCAACAGAUGCGCGAUGCACAACGCAUGGCCAGCUCCCAGGGCGGCAUCAUGGAGGCCGACAGGGCAGGAGCACAGGCCGCCUUGGAUCAGCAGGCCAGGGCGCCUCGCGAACCACAACAGCCCAUCGUCGAUGAGGAUGGCUUCGAGACCGUCGUCUCCCGCAGGCGACGCAAGUAG